AAAGGGACGUAAUAGUGUGUGGACGCAGAAUCUCGGAUUAUCUCCAGUCUUCCGGUAUUACGGUGACCUCAGGUGCACACAGAUAUUUCCGCAUAUCCAGCCAUGCAGAUAGCGGCCGUUGUUUUUGGCUUAAUUACAGCCAUUUUAAUCAACAAAGGACAUGCCAUAGAUUGUCAUCAAUGCCAGGCAAUCGUAUCUGACACCUGCUUAGACCCUUACGAUCCAGUGGAGAAUGAAGGCAACCUGGGUUCGUGUGAUGAUGACUAUGUCUGCACCAAGUUCACGACCGUCCAGCAGUUGCGGGAUUCUGGUUAUAUGGAUGGCUGGGUCAGAAAUUCAGUUGUAGUAACACGUUCUUGUGAAGCUGCCAACAACCUCCCAGAAGGCUGCAUCAAGUUUCAGGGUGCCAACAGUUUCACCAUCAAAUGCCGUUGUGGAAGUUCUGGCUGCAACAGUGCUGCUUCACUUCUUCCUGGUGCAUUCGCAGUGCUGAUAUUGGGUUUCGCGUCACUAUGGCUGUGUAUUGAAAGAUUGUGAGACACUUUGGCAGGCAGAAAAUCAUUCAAAACAAAGUGGAGACUGAUACUCAAAAUUGUAUAAGUUUACAAGGUUGUGAAAUGAGUUCAGAUUAUUUCAAAUUACAUAUCAUUGACUAAUGAACCAUGGGGGAAAAUGUAUGUUUUCUUUUUUCUCAAAAGAGAUGUAUAGAAAUUAAAAAGUGUGCCUUACAAUGUGUGAUGGAUGGGCACUAUAGUAGUGCAUAAUUAAAAAAAAAAAGUCAUUUGAUGUCAGAAAGACUAUUAUUUUUAUGGUCAUCAAACUACAUAUCAAUAUACAAUUAUAAUGAUAAGCAGACAGUAGGAAUGCUAAUGAUAUUUAGUCAUUUCUGACUUAGAUUGAGUCCUUUUUGGUGCUUUAUUAUCUGUAAUUUGUUUUGCUACUACCAUGACGAUAUGGAAAAAGGGCGCAUACACAGUAAAUGUUUGUGGUAGCAUGCCUGCUAUUGGCUACUUAGUGCCAUUUCACUUCUUGAUGCUAUUCUUAAAACAUCUACCCAAAAGCAAUCAAAGCAUGCAGAAGUAUUGUUGCCUUCCCCGUUCAUCUACAUUUAUUCAGAUCUUUGUGUUUAUUUUAAUAAUGUUUUUAUUGUAGAUCAAAUGUGUCACAUUUUAGGUCACAGAUAAUUUCACUCUGAAAAGAACUAGCAUAUUCAAACUAGACUCACAUAUUGUCUGCUAUGAGGUAAACUUCAAGCACUUCUGUGAAGCGUUGGCCAAGACAUAAAAGAAAGUUAAUAAUGGUUAAUGCUGUCCCCUUUAAGUUACUCAAGACAAGAUAAAAGAAAAGGUAAUCUUCAAAGAAAUGGUUAAGCAUUGCUUUUGAUAAAAAGAAUUUAUUGGAGAGUCAUGUGCCUGAUGGUCUUUAAAGGCCGUAAAACAGUCUGACAUAGAAAUGAAGAGAAAGGAAACUUUAUUUAGAUAUAGACAUUUAAAAAUUUCUUGAUGUGUAAAUAUGUUAAUACAUAAAUAUAUUUUAUAUAUCUAUACAUAUAUGAGGACUUUUACUUUGUGAGAUAAUUUUUUAGCUUCCUUACAUGGGAAUCAUUCUUUGACAUAUCAAACAAUUUUUAUAGCUUCUAUUAAUGGUGUUUAUAUGCGUGUGCAUGCACAUAGAAAGAAAUGUAUAACAAAAAUUACUCUUGUUUAAAAGUGUUAUCAAGAUCUUUCCAGACUUGAGAUGUAACAUUCCAGGUACAUCACUCUUUCUAUAUGCAUGCUAAAGAAUUUGGAUUUGUCUCCCUUGGAAUUUUUACCCACGAGACAGUGUUUAAAUGUAGAAAUAUUAGGAGAGACAAGCCAAACAUUGGUACAAUUACAAUUCGCUGUUCCAAAAGGUAAUUCGAUCUUUAUUUUAUUACAUGUUGAGCUGUGAUUCAAAAUGAUUAGAUGAAUUCAAUUAGAAAUAUGAAUAUAUUUAUUUUUAAGCUUUAGCUUGUUUUGUGUUAAACAACAGACCUGUAAUGUACAAUUUUCCUGUUACUUAUAACACAGUGUACCAGUACUUUGCAGACCAAUCGGUUCUUGAAUUUUGUACUUUAGCAGCAUCAAACAUUUAAAAAAAAGUAGCUUUUACUUUGUAUAAUGAGAGACUUUAAGCACCGCUAUGCUACUAUAGUGGGUUUCAGUAAAAUGGUCACAAACAGUGAUUGCUUUACUGUAAGUACUUACCAUCCUUAAUUUUUUUAAUUAUCAAUGCCAAAUUGAUAGCAUGUCUGUGAAACAAAGGGAAAAACUGCUGGCAACAUGAAUUUUGCAUUGUACACAUUUAGUGUAAAAGUCUUUUUUAUGAAUUGUGUAUUCAUUCAAUGAAGUCUGACUUUCUGUUAUGAUUGCUCUAAACAGCUUUUUGGAUAUGGUUGAUAUUGUCUUAUUCAUUAAUUUAAGUUUUAAUAACGGCCAUAGUAAAGAAGCAUGGAAUUGGAAAAAGAGGAAACAAAAUAGAUGUGAAAUAGGAAUGGGGGGUUUUGAGUGUGUGUGCAAGAUUUACCGGUAAACAUGCAUAUGAGCUGUUACUUCAGGUCUAGUUACUUGAAAACGUGCCUUACAAUGACGGCUUCCACUAGUUUUGCUACAUUGUGUUUUUAAGGGUUUCAUCUGAGUCCAGCAUUCUGUGCCUUGCAAAAUGGGAUUAAGUUGUUCAUUUUUUGUACAGUAUGAUUUGGGAAAAAUUUUCAGGGUAAAAUAAACACUUUAAUAUAUUGUUUUGCUGACUAGGCUUAAAAAGCGAUAAUAUUGGACACUGUAUUUCCUACUUUUACAAGUGCAUUUUAGUUAUUAAAAUUUUCUAAAGAAUAGCAGUUGUAUGUCAUUGCAUUUAAUGUUGGAUUUGAAAAGUCAAUGCACAGAUAUAAAGAAACGUCUGAAUACAAUCUUGUGUUCUCAAACGUUUAAAGUGCUCAUGCUGAUUACUAGGGAAGAAGAUGAUUUCCUUGUCUUCCAUUAGCUGUCAUACAUUUAUGUAUCUCCCCAUAACACAAACCGCUCUAGUAAUUCAAAGGCACGUUUUAUUAAUUGUACUGGUUUUGCAAUUCUCUUUUGCAUUCACAGAUAAAGACAUUGCCGAAGAGUAGUUUGUGAUCGUCACAUAUCAGUUUUUAAAAUCUUUAAAAAACCUCAUUAAAUUAGUUUAUUUUUGCAUUUUGCAUUAUGUAUUCCAGAGCUUUUAAUAAUUUUCAAGCUGUGAAAAACAGCUAGACAGCAACAGUUUGUUUCUAUUUGAAAUAUAUAUUUGAAAAAUAAAA